GUGGACACGAAAGAUGUGAUAGUGGUUAUUUAUCUUUAAUUAACAACAAUUAAUGACUACAAAUUAGCAAUAUUUUGCCCUGGACAAAAUAGUGACAUACCAAUAGUGGCUUUACAUUUCAGGUCUUUGCUAACGUUAGGAACAAUCCAUUAUUUACCGUUAGUUAACAUUCAGCUUACGGGAUAAGCUGCAACUCGGUAGAGACCGUCUAAACUGGUUAGAAAUGGUCUACAAUGGCUAAGCAGCAAAUAUGAUAUGGGGCCGCUGUUAUAUAAGUGUUUAGCGGCAGUGGCUGAUGCGGGGAACUCUCCUGCGGCUCUUACAGAUGUCUUUCUGGGUUUGCUGCAACGCCUGCUUCCUGUCCCCCAGCGCCGACCGAAAGCUGGCGCUGACGACCUGCGGCCACGUCGUCUGUAGUGUCUGCUAUCAGAGAGGCAAACAAGACAAGUGUUUAAUAUGUAGCUCCAAAUGCCAGAUAUCCCCUCUCUCUGACAAGAGCAGCUCGGAGGUGAAGGCCUUGUUUUCUGACAUCAGCUCCGUGGCAAACAGACACCUCACAGAAAUCAGCAAGGUGAUAAUGUUCCAGGCAAGACAUCAAAAAAGACUUUUGACCCAUUAUCAGCAAAAGAAUAACAAACUAGAAGAGAUGUUAGUGAAGAUGAGGCAAGAAAUGCAGCAAAUGACGACGAAGAUGAAUGAACAGGCUGCCUACAUUUCAAAGCUGGAACAAUCUCUUCAGUAUCAGAGUGUCAAAGUGUCAUCGGUGCCUCCGAUGAACCACACUCCACAUGGACACAAGCCAGCUCUGCUGAUCCCAUAUAAUUCCCCCAUGUCACGACAUUCAUCCAACACCAAUGUAGCUGAAAGUAUGGACAUGGAUGAAAGGAGUCUGUUUAGGAAAGUAAGUUCCAUUACUUUAUCUAAACCCAACUCUGCAGCCAGGCUGUCAUUAAUUAGUCCUCCACGAGAUGGAAGAAUGGGCACCAUCCCUCACAGAUCGACCCACCAGAACGUGUUGUCCACCCACUCAGCGUGCUCAGCCACAGUCAGUCGUUUUCAAGCAACACCGAUGACCCCAGACGUCUCAUAUGGCCACAGUUCUGCAUGGAAAUCUCCUAUUUUCAGACCUCCCCCCUCCUUCAGACACUCCAUGUCCUCUCUGCUCCAUCCGCCUCCUUAGGAGAAUCACACACAUUUACACUUUCAUGACACAUUUACCUGACCUGAGGUAUUUCACCGCUUGUCACAGCUUAAAUUGAUUCAGACAGUUUUGGUUUCAUUUUAAUUAGACUUGCCUCUGUGUGAGUCUCUGUGUUUUGCAUUGAACUUGGAUUGUUGUUAAAUCGGUGGAAUCCCGGUCAAUUAAAUCAUUAAAAUAA